CAUUUUUGUCUUUUUCUGCCUGGGUUUGCUUAACUGAUUUACGCGCUUUUCUUUCAAUAUAGCAUUGGCCGUUUGUAUAGAAUAUAAAUAGGUUUCGUGUUAUCCAGCUGUCGUUAACAACGAUAUUAACGUGUUUCAAGUAUCAUUGUUCGACGGUCAGGUAUCGACUAUAAUUGAUUGUACGUACGCACGCACCUAACACAAAAUUGGCGGUAUAUUUUCUACUGCUUUAAAGAUAAAUAAAAUCGUGGUUACAUAGUAUUGCUGAAAAUUAAUAUAAAGUUCAAAGAAGUGAUUUUAAAUGAACUAAAGCGGUCCUGUUUUGUGUACCGAUUGUUUUGAUUUGGCGCCGCAGUGCUAAAUGCUGGCCUAGUUCGUCUGCUGUUUGUUGACAGCGGUGACCGGCAAAACAUCGUGAUUGGCGCUGAUCGAUUUGUGCGGGUGUGUGUUAUCGCCAAUUCGCUGUCGAACAUAACGACUGUUGUUUAAUUUCGUAAGACUUGUGCACUGUUGUGAUAAGUAUCUGUACCGAGUUUUACUGUCACAUAGCUGUGGCCAUGAUGGCAGAGUCUGCUGGUGUAAACUCGCUUAUCGAUCGUCUAGACCAACAGACUCUCGAUGAGGGUGUACUAGUUAACUUUAAGGGUGAAGGCAGAAAGCUUGACAAGUAUGAGGACAUCAAAGUUAUUUGCGAUGCUCUGGAAAGUAAACCCGAUGUAACAAUUCUCUGCCUUCAAGGCAACACAUUAGGAUCGGAUGCUGCCAAAUUUCUCGGUGACUCGUUAAAGACAUGCAGUAAGCUGGAGCGCCUACUUUGUGAAGACAUUUUUACGGGACGUGUGAAAACCGACAUCCCUGUUUCGUUAGAACAUUUCUCUCGAGGCCUAAUGAAGUCAAAUUGUCGGUUGGUAGAGCUCGAUUUUUCCGGUAACGCAUUCGGCGAACUCGCAAUUAAUGCCAUGUACUCGUUACUUACCGCACCAACAUGUUAUUCGCUAAAGGAACUGCGGUUGAAUAACACUGGCCUGGGGCCAUCGGGCGGUGUCCGUCUUGCUAAGGCCCUUCUCGAGUGCUUGGAUAAGUCUGGUGGCGAAUUUCGUCUGGAAGUAUUUGUGUGCGGCAGGUCACGACUUGAGAAUGAGGGCGCUAAAGCGUUGGCCGAAUUUUUUGCUAAGUCUCCUGACCUAACAGAGCUCGUGAUACCGCAAAACGGCAUUUUCAAAGAUGGAAUUGUUGCCAUCGGUGAAGCGCUCGUUAACCGUCCCAACCUGCGGAUGCUUAACAUUAACGACAACAUUCUUUCUGUUCAGGGCGCUAAAAGUUUAGGAGAAUCACUCUGUCAGCUAACGUCUUUAGAAGUACUCAAUAUUGGUGACUGCGUAAUUCGUUCCGAAGGAGCUCAGUACAUUGCAUCGGCUAUUGAAUAUCUCACCGAGCUACGUGAACUCAAUCUCGGUCAUAACGAGAUUGAACUAGACGCCGGCCUGAAGAUUGUGGAGGCCAUGGCCAAUAAAUCAAAUCUACAAGUUCUAGAAUUGGAUGGCAAUCGCUUCGGCGCUGAAGGCAUCGCAUUGAUUGAGUCACGUAUGGAUGAACUAGAUCUUCUCGAUUCGCUGUGUGCCUUCAGUGAAGACGAGGUUGAAGAGGAGGAGUACGAUGAAGAUACCGAUGAUGCGUUUACAUUUGACGAUUUCGCUAGGAACCCGACACCUGAAUCGCUAUUACGACUUGAACAGCCGUAUGAGCAAGCUAAGGAGUACAUAGACAAAUUUCAAUGCCUUGAUCACGUUGGCCUACUUCGCAUGUUUGUAAAGUUUGGAGCGGCCAGCGAUGGAACGCCCGAUACCGUCGAUGCGGCAUCCGAAAUCUGUGCACCGGUACUUGACCAAAUGUUCCAACUGAAGUAUGAUAUGGCCAACCUCAUUAAUUUAUUUGCAAUUCACCUCGGUUUCGUAAAGGAUGAGGACAAAGCGAUUAAGAUACCUCGGGAUGUUUCAGGACUACUCCUUGUAGCAGCUAAAUGUAGAAAUCAUUACCCCAAAGAGUUGGCGUCUGUUCUUAAGACGUUCGUCGACAAUAUGGAACCGCGGAAUUGUUCAAAAACGUUCCUUCCAUAUAUAAGAUCGGUGUACGCUAACUUUUAAAAAAUAUUUUUUCAGUUUUGUUUACAGGCAAAAGUUAAUUGAUAAUCAUUGUAUCACUGUUACCGCAAGAUCAUAGUCACAAGGGUAAACAUGUUAUCAAAAGUUUCACGAUUGUCAAUGAAAAGCAAGGCAGACCUUAAAUGAUUCAUUGAAGAGGUUGGCUCUACUGUGUAUAUUUUGUCAUAUAUUUAGAAAUAGCAUUGACAAACUGACGAAUUCAUACCGAAGAUGGUAAUUGAAUGCACGUUAUUAUAUCAAACUCGUUGAAUAAAAUAUUUGAACUCCCUUAUGAUACGAAUAUAUCAGAGGAGUCCUUCUUGUCAUAGCAUGGAAUCAAGAAUAUAAUACUGACUGCGAAGAAAAUAAAACAUACGUACACCAAAUAAAUCGAAUUUUGUACUUGUAAUUGCAGAUACUAAAGGCUUUAGCCUUUGAAAAUUAUUGAAAAUAUUCAAAUGUCUUAAUCACUAGCGUAACUUAAGCUCAGUGGUUUUCAGUUUCGGC